CUGAAAGUUAUGAUGCUUGCGAAAUACGAUUCUUCUUUUUCAUUACUUCAUCACAGUCCUGUAAAGGAUGCACAUCUUACCAUGAGAUUGCAAUACACCUCGUCCUCUUCCUCUAGCACGUCCCUGGCUGCCGGUCUCGCACCUUGCUUGCUGCCCGGUCCGGGCUCCGGCUUUGCAGGUGGCGGCUGCUCCUGUUGCUGGGGCUGCUGUUACGGAGCCCUACUGUUUUUCCUGUGGACUUCUGCUGCUGUGACGGCUUCCUCGUCAUCCUCGUCGUCUUCUUCUGCUGGAGGUGCGGGAGGUGCUGCAGUGACCGGUGCUCCUGGUAGUGCUGGUGCCUCUGGUGCUGCAGCAUCUACUCAUUCCCCGGCUCCUCCUCUCCCUGCUGCAGUGGUGGCUGGCGGGGCGCUUGUGGCUGCCGUUGCAGCAGGUGCCGGCGGUGGCGGAGGAGUCGGGCUCUCGCCGGCUACGGGUGGAGCUGUCUGCUAUUCGUCCCCCAGUGUGGGCUCGGUGCAGGAGCUGGCUCAGCGUUCCCGGGUGGUCAUAGAGGGCAAAGUGCAGCAGAGCCCUGGAGCGGAGGGACGCAAGAGGAAGGCACCUGAAGAAGGGGACUUGGUCACUCCCGGGAGGAGAAGACCUGGCCAGCAGCUGGAUGGCUACACGGACCAGCAACAGACAGCGUCAGCGGUGAGCUCCGCAUUCCAACAAGGGCUACCGACUGUUGGCAACUGGAUAGCUGCUUCUGCGGCCAGCCUCACCACCAUCGCCACCAUCGCCAUCAACGGAUCCCCUGACUUGCCCUCCACCACCCCACUUGGCCCCCUGCAGAUCUACCUGGUGAAGGUGCAUCAGGUCUGGGCAGUGAAGUCUGCGGGCUUGGACAAGGACUCUUUGAUCACCGUGCUGGGGGAUUUCGGCUCGAGCUGUCUAAAGCUGAAGGAAGACAGCAGGUACAUCUUCUUCAUGGAUCCGACCAACAGUAGCUCAAUCUUCAGGGCUUCCUUCCCACCCUUGGAGACUGGCAGGAACCUGAAAAAAGAUGUUGGCAGGGUCCUAUGCAGAGGUUGUG